GCUCUUUAACCCUGCCCAGCUGACGUGCGGCAGCGCACGGUGCCGGCUGGGAGAGAGAUGGAGGUGCAAGUGGCCCCCCUGCGACCCUGGGAGGAUUUCUUCCCCAGCUUGGAGCGCUUUGCGCGGCCCGAUUUCAGGGACGUUUCCAAAUGGAACAACCGGGUGGUCAGCAACUUGCUCUACUACCAGACCAAUUACCUGCUGCUGGCGGCCGCCGUCAUCUCCAUAGUGGGAUUUCUGAGCCCACUGAACAUGAUCCUUGGUGGUGCAGUAGUAGUGCUGGUGUUCAUGGGCUUUGUGUGGGCAUCGCAUAACAAAGACAUCCUUCGCAAGUUCAAGAAGCAGUACCCAACUGCGUUUGUGGUAGCCAUCCUGCUGUCUAGUUACUUCUUGAUAUCCUAUUUUGGAGGCGUCAUGGUGUUCAUAUUUGGGAUCACAUUCCCUCUACUGUUGACGUUUAUCCAUGCUUCUCUGAGGCUUCGGAACAUAAAGAACAAACUGGAGAAUAAAAUGGAAGGAAUAGGAUUGAAGAAGACCCCUAUGGGCAUAGUGCUGGAUGCACUUGAACAGCAGGAAGAGAGCAUCAACAAACUGGCUGACUACAUUGCUAAAGUGAAGGAAUAAGGUGCACGUAAUCUGGUGGUAUUCUCUGUUGCAGGAAUUUAGUUGCUGUUUACUCUUGUCAAAGCUUGUUUUCCGUUUGUCUGAGAUGCACAUACUGUACAGAUUGGCAAGAUACAGGUACACAAAGCUAAUCAAGGCUCCUCUAGGGAGGAGAGAAUAAGUGUCAGUGUUACUUAUGCGUGCACGCACACAUGCACUAAUGGUAUAGAUCAUUUGUUCUCUGGAGUGAACAAACAUGAAUUACAGUCUCUGAACCUGUUCUUGGUAGCCAGUAAUGUGUAAGUGUUAAUCAUGCACUUUAUUUAGAGUGAUGGGGUGAAGUUGAGUGCAGGACUGGUUGGCUACAACUGUCAUAUAACAAAUCUGGCAGAGUCAGGAUUGGCUGAAAGCUCUGCAAAUUAAUUUUUUUUUUUUUUAACUUUCCUUUUCCUUCCCCUGCACUCCCCUCAAAACUUCUAGAUGGUAUCCUCCUACUACAACCUUUUUCAAAUGGGUAAUGUUUAAGCCAUCUUAUCAGAAGUAGCAAAUGGAGAGAGUAAAUUGACUAGAGCACAUCAGUAAACUUCUCCCUUGCCUCUCACAUUCCCUAGUCUGUUUACAAAAUGUAUUAUUGUUUAUGGCAGACAAUCAAAGUCUAAAUGAGCAACGUCUGCGAAUUAGAGCCCUGGGCACAAUACACCUGUGCAAAUUUGACUGAAUUCAGUAAGAAGCACAUGUGUAUCAGUGAAAUCUUGUCUCUACUGAAAUCCAUGGAAGUUUUUUGCCAUUGCUUUCAAUAGAACCAUGAUUUUGGGUAAGAGUUCUUCUUACUGUGUGUGUGUGUGUGUGUGUGUGUGUUU